AUGGCGUCAGUUCAUCACACUAUGCCAACGUCUCAUCGAGACCCUAUGGCAAUCGACUCGCUGCUGAAUCCCCCAGACACGCAAAUGGAUUCUCGAUUACAACGCUUAUACAGAGAACAAUCCCAUUCGCCGACGACUUCCUCCAGUCCAGAUCGCUAUUACUACUCACCAUUUCACGACAGUCGCUCAUACUCGGACGCAUCUGGUACAAACCAUGAUCAGUCCUACUUCUCGUAUGGACUUCGGUCCAUGAAUUCAUCUCCCAAUUCGUAUGACCGAGAGCGUUAUGACUCCGUCUCCAGCACAUCGAGCAACACCGCAGAACGCCGUCGACCGCCACGACUCAAAUACGAAGAAGAAGAGAUGUACUUUAUCUGGUACCACCGGGUUGAUCUCUGCCAGGAGUGGAAAGAAGUGCGGGAGAGCUUCAAUCGACAAUUUCCACACCGGCAACGCAGUGGCUUCCAGGGUAUCCAGUGCAAGUUCUACCGCUUCAUCAAGGAAAAGAAAUGUCCGACACUGCGGGAACAGAGGCGGAUGCGUGAUGGUGAAUUCCUUCGAGAAGGGUCUGCAUUAACCGAGCCUACUCCGCCCAAAUUUGGGGUCGUCGAGUGGGCCGGUGUGUGGUAUCCUUGGAUGCGCGAGGAUAAAGAACAAGUACUCGGGCACAAGCCUGCUGGAGUUGGAAUUUAG